AUGAACGAUUGGCAUGAGUUCAAUUCUGCGAUAAAGUCAUUAUAUUGUAAUGCAAAAGAUGAUUCAAGCAGUGUAAUUAACAGAUUGGUGGAUUUGGCUAUGAAAAGUGAUGAUUCCACCUUUAUCAAGGCCGUUCUAGUUUUAAAAGAAAAAAUAUCAAAAAUAGACAAACAAUCAAGAUUCUUGUGGCUUACUUCAACGGUCGAUUCUAAUUUUUAUCCCCCUAUACCUAUUUCUGAAGCCUCGCCACAAUCUUGGAACGAUAUUGAAUCCUGCACACAUGGCAGCGAAGAAUUACAAAAGCGUUAUCCAAGUAGAGCUCUAUUACAGAACGAAGAAGAGUAUACGGGUGGAAUAGAACAAUGCCGAGAUGUAUCGGAUUGCUCGCUUGUGGCUUCUCUGAUUAAUCUCAGGGCUCAGGGCUUAAAACUUCCUCCAAUCAAACAGAUAUCAUCAACUAAGUACCAAGUUAAUCUAUGUUUUAAUGGAAGCGAUAAGAGGCUAAUAACAGUAGAUAUUACCCAGAUUCCAACUUCAAUAAAUGGUAAGCAACUUUCAUUAAGAAGCAACAAUAUUUCAGAUAAGAUUAGUGAGAUCGCAGUAUUGCUUAUUUCCCAAAGUACAUAUUCAACGAAUGGCUCCAAUAUAUGUAUAGAUACAUUCUACUUGAGCGGCUUCCUACCAGAGAUAACAAAGGUAGACAAAUAUCCUUUUGAGAAAUUAUGGAAGUUCUUUGAAUCUAGUUUAUGUCUGAUAGGCGUUGGUACUGGAGAUUGCUCUAAUGAAUUGAUAAAUCCGUUGGUCGCGAACCAUGAUUACUCCGUAAUUGACAUCGACUACGAGUCUAGACUUUUUAAAUUACGAGACCCAAUGAACUCAAAACUAAAUGUCGAAAUUAGCUAUGAACAAUAUUUGAAUAACUUCAAACAAUUGUACCUUAAUUGGAACCAUGAUAGAAUAUUCAAAUAUUCUCAGGCACUUCAUUUUCGGUACGACACUUUACGUUACAAUGAAUUUUCUACUAUUGCAGGUAAGCCUUUAUUUCACAUUAAAAAUGAUUCUAAAGUAACGGAAACAAUAUGGUUACUGCUUGAAUCGCAUUUGCUAAAUGAAAAGGGGGGAAGAGGGCGUUUAAUUUUCUUUAUGAAUGAAGCCCCCGAAAGCAUAGCUUACCCAAUUGAACCACCACUAAAUCAUGAUGCUACUUAUAUUGGAUUGCAACUGGUAAAGUUGAAAUUGGAUUCUGGUGCUGAAAAGUUAUUAUAUUGUCAUUCAACAACUAACAAUAACUUCAGUAUUCAUUUGUUCUCAGUGGUAAAGGAAAUAUCUUUUCAAAAACUGAAAGAUAUAAACAGCCUAGUUACCAAUGCAGUCUUUUCUUUCCCUUAUGAUACUGAUAAAAGAACCUCUUUCGAUACCUGCAACUUUUUUCGGAAUCCUACUUUUGAACUGGAAAUUCACUCGAUAGAGAACUAUCAAGUUUUAAUCGACGCCACAUGUGUCUCAACUAGCACACAUGAUUUGAUUAACAUUCAGGUAUAUUACUUGAACGAUCAUGAACUGAUGAAGCCAAUAAUGUUUGACAAUCAUUAUCAGCCUGGACAAAGUCUUAAACAAGAUGUACCCAUCUUAACUAAUACUAAAUACAUGAUUGUCUGCUCUACUUAUGGCCUUCCAUCUUCCUUAAAAUUUCAAUUAACGGCCUCGAUACGUUUGUCUUCUUCAAGGAGAUCAAUAUCUGGAAUAAAUUUACGUAGUGUGAAUAUGAUUUACGGUUCUUAUCCAUAUCAGUGUUACGGAAGGUUUCAUUGGAAAAAACCCUCCAAUAAAUUAAAAGUUAUGAUAGAUUUGCCACUCAGAAAGUAUUCGACAAACAAACUAUUUAUCCGUAUAGUGCCUGUCGAAUCAUCGGAAAAAAUAAGACUACGAUGUAAUAUCUUUGAUCCAGAGUCAUUUAUCUGUGUAUAUGAAUGUCGAAAAUAUAGAAAUUGUCCGCCUGGGGGUAUCGUUAUACCAGAUUUGGAAAUAUCUCGUAUUAGCACUGUUGUAUUGAUGAUAGAAAAAAAUGUACCUAUUUCCAAUAAGGAAACUAUUGAAGGCCAUUUGGAUGAAUUGGAGCUAUAUGUUGGGUCUAAUCAAAAAAUAAGAGUUGAAAAAUACUCGGUUGAUGUAAUACCGAAAUAA